AUGGCGUUGAACCUGUCGCAAGCCGAAAAGGACGUCGACGAUACCCUUUUCAAAAAUGCCUCUGACGAAGAGAGCCAGACUCGUCGGGGGAGUCGCGUAACGGAGGUCCAUGAUCAUGACCGUGCUACCGUCGGAAAGCAAUUGGAAUUGGAGGCUGAGAAUGCCAUCAAAUAUCGCACCUGCAGUUGGCAGAAGACUGCCGCUUUACUCUUUUCCGAGUAUAUCUGUUUGGCGAUGAUGUCGUUUCCCUGGUCAUACUCUGUCUUGGGCUUGGUGCCGGGUCUGAUCUUGACCGUCUUCAUUUCCCUCGUCGUGUGGUACACGUCAAUAACAAUCUGGCGGUUCUGCUUGCGUCACCCUGAAAUCCGGGACGUGUGCGACAUCGGUCAAUAUCUCUUCUGGGACUCCAAGAUUGCCUGGUGGGCUACCGCUGUUAUGUUUCUUCUGAACAAUAUCUUUAUUCAGGGAUUGCAUUGUGUCGUUGGUGCCGAGUACUUGAAUACCAUGACCGAUCAUGCUGCUUGCACCAUUGUCUUCGCCCUUGUGGUCCCGAUUAUCUCGUUUUUCGUUUCCCUGCCGAGAACUUUCAGCGCCCUCUCAUACAUGGCUACAGCAUCUGCAUUCUUCACAUUUAUCUCUGUCUUGUUAGCUAUGAUCUUCGCCGGUAUUGAGGCACAUCCUGCCGGCUAUGACCUCGAGACCAAAGGCAAACCCAAAGUGACGGCCUUCCCGCUCUCCGGUACCACAUUCAUCACACUGCCAAGUUUCAUUGCAGAGAUGAGGGAGCCCGAGGACUUCUGGAAGUCCGUCACCGCUGUGACAGUUGCCGAGGUGAUUCUAUUCAGCAUUGUCGGCUCAAUCAUAUAUGCAUAUACGGGCACGCAGUACAUGACAGCACCUGCCUUUGGUUCUCUGGAUGACACCUACAAGAAGGUCGCCUUCUCCUUCAUGAUUCCGACAUUGAUUUUCCUCGGCGUUUUGUAUGCCUCCGUUUCCGCUCGCUUCAUCUUCUUGCGCUUGUUUGAGGGCACCCGUCACAAGACAAGCCACACUGUUGCCGGGUGGUCGGCAUGGGCUGGCAUUCUUGCCGUCCUGUGGGUUCUCGCCUUCAUCGUUGCCGAAGUCAUUCCCUUUUUCUCGGAUCUCGAGUCAAUCAUGAGUUCGCUCUUUGACUCCUUUUUUGGGUUCAUCUUUUGGGGUGUGGCCUACAUUCGCAUGCGAUCUGCCGACCACGGUCCUAAAUUUUACAAGGUUCGUGGUAUUCGUGGCUGGGUGGGAUUUAUAUGGAAUCUCUUUCUUAUCGGCAUUGGUUUUUACUUCCUGGGCGCGGGCACCUACGCCUCUAUCGACAGUGUCGUUCUAAGUUAUCAAAAAGGCGGUUUUGGAGGUCCAUUUUCAUGCGCUAGUAACGGUCUCUAG